AUGACCUACGAGCUCCCGGAAGAAUCUGAUUCUGCAGCUGCAGCGCUCUCUAGUGGAAAUCAGAGGAUCAUGUACCAGACAGACCCCAGGCCACACUUUGGAGUGGCCUGGUCGUCCCACGCACCAGGACACCCUCUGUGGGACAGUGAGGGACCCUGCUGGGGACAGAGGAACACAGAAAUGCCCAAUCCCACACACACCUGCCCCCACUGCCAUUUGGGGCUUACAGCUGACACCCUGCGCUGGCAUGAGGUUAGCACUCACUUCACGUUGGCCUAA